AUGGUGGAAGAAUUGAAAGCGUUUUUUGCACAAAAUGUUGGGUCGGCGUCGGUGAGCGUAGUGUGGGAUACUUGUAAAGCGUACGUUAGAGGCCUUUACAUUCAAAAGAUCAGUAGACACAAAACUAAAUCCUGUGACGCCCAGAAAAAGCUGCAAGCUCUAGUAGUGAAGGCGGAGGAAAGAUUUGUUAAUACACCCGACAGGGCAAGUGAGGACUCCCUUAUAGCUGCUCAGGCGGGACUGAGGCAGCAUAUAUUGCAGACGGCGGACAAUCGCAGAUUUUUUGUAAAACAAAAGUACUUUGAGGCGGGGGAAAGUUCUGGGAUUGAGAUCCCGAGACUAUCAGCGACAAGUGUAGCAUGGUUAGAAGGUCCUUUAACACUCAAGGAGCUGGAAUUAGCCCUACAAUCAUUUCCCAAUGAGAAAGCUCCAGGAAACCUUCCUGCUUCUAUGAAAGAAGCUAUCGUAGUGGUCCUGCCCAAACCUGUGAGGGGCGAUGAGCAGAGUAUAGAGGACAUUCCUACAGAUAACCGCCCAGAUGACUGUACCAGGAACUUAGAGAAACAUCUUAUAUCUUUAGAUUUUGAAGUAUCUGAUCAUGGUAUCACACUAGAUACAUAUGAAGAACAUACCGAUAUCCAAGAUAUAUCUUCAUCCAUUCACAGCAAAAAUGUAUCACUUGAUCCUUUCAAACAGGUCCAAUCUUCUGAUUCAUCACAGGCUGUAGCACACAAUAAAAGUCACAGAAGAGGUGUUAAACAUCAAACAGCUCACGUAAGAGAGAAGCCAUUUUCAUGUUCAGAAUGUGGAAAAUGUUUUAAAAAGAAAUCAGCUCUGGUUAUACAUCAGAGAAUUCACACAAGAGAUAAGCCAUUUUCAUGUUCAAAAUGUGGGAAAUGUUUUAACCAGAAAUCGGAUUUUGUUAUACAUCGGAGAAUUCACACAGGGGAGAAGCCAUUUUCAUGUUCAGAAUGUGGGAAAUGUUUUAAGCAGACAUCAAAUCUUCUUAGACAUGAGAGAAUUCACACAGGAGAGAAGCCAUUUUCAUGUUCAGAAUGUGGGAAAUGUUUUGGGCAGACAUCAAAUCUUCUUAGACAUGAGAGAAUUCACACAGGAGAGAAGCCAUUUUCAUGUUCAGAAUGUGGAAAAUGUUUUAAACAGAAAUCGGCUUUUGUUACACAUUGGAGAAUUCACACAGGGGACAAGCCAUUUACAUGUUCAGAAUGUGGAAAAUGUUUUAAACAGAAAUCAGAUCUUCUUGUACAUCAGAAAAUUCACACAGGAGAGAAGCCAUUUUCAUGUUCAAAAUGUGGGAAAUGUUUUAAGCAGAAAUCGGCUUUUGUUACACAUCAGAGAAUUCACACAGGAGUGAAGCCAUUUUCAUGUUCAGAAUGUGGAAAAUGUUUUAAGCAGACAUCAAAUCUUCUUAGACAUGAGAGAAUUCACACAGGAGAGAAGCCAUUUCCAUGUUUAGAAUGUGGAAAAUGUUUUAAACAGAAAUCAGAUCUUAUUAGACAUCUGAGAAUUCACACAGGGGAGAAGCCAUUUUCAUGUUCAGAAUGUGGGAAAUGUUUUAAACAGAAAUCGGCUUUUGUUGCACAUUGGAGAAUUCACACAGGAGAGAAGCCAUUUUCAUGUUCAGAAUGUGGGAAAUGUUUUAACAAGAAAUCAUAUCUUAUUGAACAUCUGAGAAUUCACACAGGGGAGAAGCCAUUUUCAUGUUCAGAAUGUGGGAAAUGUUUUAAACAGAAAUCUGCUUUUGUUAAACAUUGGAGAAUUCACACAGGGGAGAAGCCAUUUACAUGUUCCGAAUGUGGAAAAUGUUUUAAACAGAAAUCAGAUCUUCUUGUACAUCAGAGAAUUCACACAGGAGAGAAGCCAUUUUCAUGUUCAGAAUGUGGAAAAUGUUUUAAGCAGUCAACAAAUCUUCUUAGACAUCAAAGAACUCACACAAGAGAGAAAGCAUUUUCAUGUUCAGAAUGUGGGAAAUGUUUUAACAGGAAAUUACAUCUUGUUACACAUCAGAUAAUUCACACAGGAGAGAAGCCAUAUUCAUGUUCAGAAUGUACAAACAGAUCAAAUCUUUUGAAACAUAAGCAUAUUCACACAGGGAUGAAACCACAUUCAUGUUCUGAAUGUAGGAAAUGUUUUACCCAGAAAUCAGCGCUUGUUACACAUCAGAGAAUUCACACAGUGGAGAAGCCAUUUUCAUGUUCUGAAUGUAGGAAAUGUUUUACCCAGAAAUCAGCACUUGUUACACAUCAGAGAAUUCACACAGGGGAGAAGCCAUUUUCAUGUUCAGAAUGUGGGAAAUGUUUUACUCUGAAAUCAACUCUUGUCAACCAUCACAGAGCUCAUACGGGGAAGAAGCCAUUUUCAUGUUCAGAAUGUGAGAAAUCUUUUCACCAGAAAUCUGAUCUUGUUAAACAGCAGAGAAUUCACACAUGAGAGAAGACAUAUUCAUGUUCUGAAUGUGGCAAAUUUUUUAAACAAAAAUCAAUUC